AUCCUGUAAUGUGAAGCUGCUUUGAAACAUCUGUAUUCUAUGAACGGUUUUAUAAAUAAAUGACUUGACUUCAGUGUGGCCUGUUUUUACCAGUGUUUCUGGAUUGUUGAACGAGAACGCAGAAGCCCUGCUCUGUUUCAGGCAUCAGUGACCGUGCAGAGGAAGAGGAAGCGGUGGGCGGGGCUUGCGUAGAUGAUUGACAGGCGGAGGGAUUGACCUCACCAUCGUGCGAUAUGAAGUAACCGGAGAUAAAACGGAGACGCACGUCGGACCAUCGCCUUUAAACGCUCACGAUUCACUCCCGUUCACAAAGAAAGACACGGAGCUCGACGAACAGAUUAUCUCCAGCUUAACUAGUGCGUUCGUGUUAACAAGUCCAAGAGCCGAUGUAAAUAAAUGCUCAGCUAUAAGUUCUCCAAAGGCUCCAGAAGUGUGUUGGCGGACCUGAGAAUGUUCGAGACUAAAGGGAUCUUCAGUGUCUGCGUGGACCUGAGCUGUGUGCUGCUCGCUGGGCUUCCGUUCGCGAUAUUGAACAUUCAGCACACGCCGUUCAAAAGAGGCUUUUUUUGCAGCGACGACUCCAUCAGGUACCCCUUUAAAGAAGACACCAUCUCCUACCAGUUACUGAUGGGAAUCAUGAUUCCUUUCGCGCUGCUGUUGAUAGUCUCCGGCGAGUGUUUGACCUUGUAUCUGCGCUCCAGAGCUUCUUUCGGCUACGAGUACGUAGCGUGCGUGUAUAAGGCCGUGGGGUCUUUCGUGUUCGGAGCGGCGCUGAGCCAGUCCCUGACGGACAUCGCCAAGUACACCAUCGGCCGGCUGCGACCGCACUUCCUGACCGUGUGCAAGCCGCACUGGAGCCUCAUCGACUGUAAAUCGGGUUACAUCGAGAACUUCACGUGCACUGGAGACGCAGCCGCCGCCAACGAAGGCCGGCUUUCGUUUUAUUCUGGCCACUCGUCGUUCUCCAUGUACUGUAUGCUGUUCCUCGCUCUCUAUCUCCAGUCUAGACUGAGAGCAGGUUAUAUAUAUAUAUAUAUACUCACACACUGGUCCGGCCGACUCUGCAGUUCUCUUCAUCACAGUACGCACAACAAAGUGUUAUUUAACAUGUGAUUAAUUGUGUGUUUCCAGCUCUAUCUCCAGUUAGGUUGGGUGGGUCUGUCGCGCUAUCUGAUUAUAAAUUAUAAACACCACUGGAGCGACGUUCUCACCGGACUCUUGCAGGGAGCCGCCGUGGCACUGUUUACUGUGUACUUCGUAUCGGACCUGUUCAGCCCCAGACGCACCUCCGAUAAAGACGAGGAGAUCUCGCACACCAGUCUUCAGGAGACGUCAGAUCCUCCCAACCACUACGGCAGCACGGAGUGAGACCAAGCGCACUGGACACGGAAGGAGAUGAAACACGGAACAUCCUUACAGUAACACGCAGUCCUUUCCACAACAGAGUCACUGUUUUGUUACCGGCGAGGAAAAAAAGUUUCAUUUUCCUAAUGCACGGCGGUAGAGAAAACUCAAUGUCAUUGUGAUAAAUACAGCGGCGGUAAAACAUUAUUUGCUUUGCAGCGGCUGAAUGUGUGUCUCUGGAGCACGGACGCAGUCCUGAGAGAGACGCUGUUUUUGUAGAAAUAGACAGCAAUACAUUUUAUGGGUCACAGUUAUACAUUUUUCUUUUAUGCCAAAUAAUAGGAUAUUAUGUAAAAAUCGUCUUCCAUAGAGAUAGUUUAAGUAAUAUGCAUUGCUAAGGACUUCAUUUAGACAACUUUGAUGGUGAUUUUUUUUUUGCACCCUCAGAUUCCAGAUAUAACAAACCAUGCAUCAACAGAAAGCUUCCCUAUUCGGCUUUAAAAUGUGAGAUUUCAAGAAAUUGACCAUUACGGCUGGUUUUGUGCUCCAGGGUCACAUAUACACACACUCCCAGUUAUUGCACUGAACGUGGCAGUGUAAAAAUAGAGACCUCAUAGGGUUAUUUAUUCCCCUCAAGGUCCCUGCUCAGAGUUUAUGCAGAGGCAGUGAAUCAUGAACAUCAUUGGGAAUGGUGCAGUACAAGAACACGGAAGAAAGAAAAACAUUCCCAUCAUGCCACUAAACUUGAACUUUUGCUGCGGUGCACUCCGAGCAGCGAGCGCUUUAGAUCCUACUGGGCUUUCAGGAAUCCAGACUGCUGUUUUUCCCAAAUCAGAUCAAACGAUGAAGAACCUUUUACGUGCAUGGGACCUGUUCCAUUGCAUUAAGGUUUUUUAGACUAUUAAUGUUCUUCAGGUUAAGAAAAGAUGGUUUAGUGAAUGGUUCGGGUUUUUUUUUUUUAUGCAUCCAUAUCUAUCGAACAAUUCAACAUUUCUGUCUUAUAAUAUUAAUAACCAACACGAGUGUAAAUGUCUUAUUUCAGCAAGGAUGUUUUUAAAUGUGAAAUGAAGACGGUUGCAACCAACGGACUGUACACUUGACUCUAAGACACUUUAUUUUAUGAUUUACAGUUGUUUUAAAGGUAAUGUUUUUGCAUCAAAUUGUCAUGAGAAAAAGGAAAGUAUGUAAGGGCCAAAAACGAACAACCAAAGUGUCUCAUAGCAUUGAAUGAAACAAUUUUUUAUGUAUUGUUAUUGUUUUUUGUAUGCAAAGGGUUGUUUAAUUAUGAUGUUUAAUGCAAACGUUGUUAUCGUUUUAUUUAAUGCAAAUGGUAAGACCACAAGCUGUAAAUAUCCAAGCACUUGAAUAACAAUUUCUGCCUUUAAUAGCUUAACGUGUAGCUUUGUAUGCAUCACGCACAAAGACGUUUUCUUUAGCUGCUUUACUUUUAAUUCAUUGGCAGCUGUGCUCGUGUCAACCAAUGAAAUAUGGUACUGUAAACGAUUCCUUCGCAAUUAAAGCUCCGCCGGACCAACUGUGGUGUAGUUAUUGAUAAUCAACUAAUCAUCAUCAUAAUUUUGUCCUCGGUGGCGCCUCUAGCGGACAGAUUAAUCUUCUGUUUUCAAGCUUUGCUCAGUUUGAUUCGCUCGGUUCGCUCGGAUCGAACCUGUUCAAAACGCGACUCGCGGAUCCUGAGCCGAAGCCUUCCCUAGGUACACGCUCCGCGAUUCGGUUCCUUUGAAUCGCUAAGAAGAACCGAGUCAGCAUAGCGAGUUGUUGGCGAAUCGAACGCCGCCGCUGUUCUUUGUCCUCGCGGUGACUGACUGCAUAUGAUCCCGCUGAAUGUACAUUAUUUAUUCAUCCGUUUACAGUCUGUGUUCAUCAAAGAGAAGAUCUGAAGGAUGGUGUUAGUUCAUGUCGGAUAUUUGGUUCUUCCUGUCUUUGGCUCAGUGAGAAAUAGAGUCUAUGGAGGCUGAAUCUACAUUCUGCAUUAUCAGAUCAUUGUGUUUUAAUGAUCAUCUGUGUUCUGAUCCCUCCUCAUUUCCUAUUUCCAUCAGAAGACGACAAACAUCUCAGAUCUGCUCCCUUCCUGAGAACAAAACACACUAAAACCAGAGCUAACACAUUUAGAGCAUAAACUACUGUCUGUAUGUCAAGUGCUGUAGUUUAACCCACAUCAGUAGCUCUAGAAGAGUGACUCAUGUAUGUCCCAUCCAGCUUUGGUAGUCAACAUGUAUGUAAAUUCCUGUAAAAUGGAUGCAUUUUGUGCUUGGAUGAUCCCACGCACCUUUAGCUGUCACCUGCAUAACGUGUGCUUCAUUCAUCGCCCUUCUGAUUUUACACGGUCAUUCACAAUCAUGUUAUGAGGAAAAGCAAAAAAACAACAGACAAAAAAAAAACGGCCAAAGUGGUAGCCUAACACGCAGACGAUUGGCUCCAAUUGCAUCGAAUGCGAUGUCCAAAUUGUGUCCAAAAUGUCAUCCAUUUGGCAGGGAUGUUGAUUUCCUGCACUGCUACUGAGAUCCUCUAUUAGAGCAAUGCAAAUGUCUAUUGUUUGGUUGUGGUUUCUCUACCUUUUGUUCUGGUAAUAGACUUCAGUGCAUGAAUCACGUUAUUAUUAUUAUUAUUAUUCAUAUUAUUUUGAUUCUACAUUGAAUAGACUCCAAUGUAAUCUUUCUGUAGUCAAGAUGUACCCUGCUGUACUGUAACGUGCUGUAGCCGAUGCAUCUGCUCAUUGGAUGUUGCUUUUGUUCUGUUAACCCUGUACUGAGCAUGGUGGGCCUUGCUAUUGGUCAAUGUUGUUUUAUUUGUUGCAUGGACUUAUUAUUAUGACACAAAUCCACAUAUAUACUAAUAUUUUUCAAUAAAGAAUAUAGUAUUUUUCCUAA